AUGUUGAUCCUGAUUGCGGGCAUCACUGGCAACAUUGGCCAGAAGCUCGCCAUUGAGGCCGAGACACGAGGCCAUGCGGUGCGUGGUCUUGGUCGGAAUCGGAACAAGCUAUCGCGAAACGUCGAUGACAAGCUCGAAUCCUUCGUUGAAACAAAGUCUUACUACGACAUCGCUGCGAUUGAAGCGGCCUGCAACGGUGUUGAUGCUGUCAUUUGUGCCUACAGCGGCAUUCCGCAGCUUCAGCUUGACGGGCAGCUGAUUUUGCUUCGAGCGGCCGAGCGUGCCGGCGUACAGCGCUUUCAUGCCGCGUCGUGGAACGCUUACUGGCCUGCACUCAGCCUCGGCGACCACGAAUCAAUGGACCCAUACCUCUGCUUCGCAGCCCACGCUCGGAUCUCGUCGCCAAUCAAGCCCAUCUACCUGUUCACCGGCGUGCUCAUGGAAGUCUUCUUUUCAUUGCCAGGACAUGGCGACUUGUCUCCCGCGAACCAUGGACUCUGGGACCCCUCUCCGCAUAAGCGACUCGUCUACUGGGGCGAAGGCGAUGAGCCCUGGAACUUUACCACCGAGCGAGAUGCAGCCGCGUAUAGUAUCGAGCUCGUGACGGAUGAAAACGCAGCCGAGGGUGGCUAUUUCAAAGUACAUAGCGGCUCGUACAGCCCACUGGAGGUCAAAGCGAUCUAUGAGACAGCUCGCGGCGUGACGGUGGAUACGCAGAGGCUCGGUUGCAUUGACGAUUUGAGAGCGCUCGCUUUAAAAGAGAGGUCGGAAGGCAAUCCUCUCGAGUGGUGGAAGUAUAUCGGAUUGUUCUAUCAGCUCCUGGUACUUGAAGGCGGAUGGGUCUACCACGAACGGGACACGAUCUGUAAUCGAAACUCGAGCAAUUCUUGA